AUGUAUGGAGAAGGUUUAGGCAGGGAGGCACUUGGUGGCCUUCGUAGAAGUUCCUUUAGUGAGCAAGGGGCUGGACGGAGUUUUGGGCAAGCUGGUGUUAGUCGAGGCAUCAAGGUCUGUGUCAAUACCAGCCUGCUGAGGCCAGUUCAUGUACAAGCUGACCCUGAGUUCCACAGGAUGCAGUCAGAUGAGAAAGAGCGGAUGAAGACUCUCGACAACAAAUUUGCAUCAUUCAUCGAUAAGGUUCAAUGCCUUGAGCAGCAGAACCAGGCUCUAAUGACCAAAUGGGAACUUCUGCAGCAGCAAAGUGCCCACCCGGAGGAAAGCAGAAGUAUCGCCUCUUUCUUCCAGUCUUACAUCCGCAACCUGCAGAGGCAAUUAGAAACUCUCCAGAACCAAAAGGAACAGCUGGAUCCAGAAGCAUACAACAGGCUUCAGUUUCUUGAAGAUUAUAAAAACAGAUUCGAGGAUGAGAUCAACAAGCACAUGUGUAAAGAGGAGGAGUUUGUGGAGCUCAAAAAGGAAUUGGACAGUGCCUACAUGGGAAAAAUGGAGUUUGAUGUGAGAGUGGAAAUACUGAAGCAGGAGCUUGAGUUCCUCAGAUGCUUGUAUGAGGCAGAACUGUCUCAGCUGCAAACAAUAGUUGGCAACACUGACGUCAUUCUGUCCUUGGACAACCACAGAGAACUGAACAUGGAUGGCAUCAUUGAAGAAGUUGUACGAGAGUAUGAGGGAAUUGCUCAGAGGAGCAAAGCUGAAGUGGACGCCAUGUAUCAGGGCAGGUACCAGGACCUCCAGGAUGUGUGGGUAAAUUACCGUGAGCAGCUGAGAAACAGUUAUCAGGAAAUCCAGGAACUGAUCAGACAGAUCCAAGGACUACAGCCAGAAAUUGAAAUUGUAAGGAAAAAGAAUGCCGGCCUCCAAGAAGCAAUUAAGGAUGCUGACCAGUGUGAGAACUCUUCUAUCAGAAAUGGCCAGGAAAAGCUUCAGGAGUUGGAGCAUGCCUUGCAGCAGGCCAAAGAUGAGCUAGCUCGCCUUCUUCAUGACUACCAGGAGCUUCUGAAUGUGAAACUGGCCCUGGAUGUUGAAAUUGCCAUGUACAGGUCACUUCUUGAGGAGGAGACAAGGACACAGGAAGGUUCACCAGCAAGAAUCUCAGCUCUGGAAGGAGAGGGUCAUUCUCUGGAGGAGAAGGAGGAAGCUCAGGUGGUGGAGCAUCCAGCUUUGGCGGAGGAGGUUAUGGGCCAGGAAGUGGUGGUUAUGGGUCUGGAGGCGGAGGAAGCUCGGGCAGUGGAGGAUCGACCUCCGGCAGUGGUGUGUCCAGCUUUGGAGGGGAAGGUAGCUGUGCAGGAGGAGGAGGAUAUAGGCCUGGAAGUGGCCGGAGCAGUCCUCGCAGUGGGGGUCUGA